GCACAACAAAAAUGGCUGACGUGGAGUUUCAUGACGAGGUAAACAUUGUAAUAAACAAUAUUUUUAUUUCCAAAAAAUAGCUAUUUAUUUUUUAAAAUAUAUUGAUUGUUAGAUUUAACCAACUGCUGUUUAUUCUCUACAAAUUCUAUAUCAACUUAGAAUUUAGGCAUAGCUACUUAAAUGUUGCAUGAAUCGUACAUCAUGUAAUUGUAAUCAGUAUCAUUAUCAUGAGUCAUGUUUUAAAAUGUUUUGAAUUAAAUAAUUAAAAGAUUGCCCAUUGGGCUCAAAGAUUGUUUAAUUUUUUAGGCUAAAUAAAAAAAAAAUUGAGGCCGGUGAUGGGUAGGGCGCGGGUAGGGCGAGACGCGCCCUAAGCAGUUUACGCGAUUGGUAGCACACCAAAACAUAAAUUUCGUGGGGAAGGUACUAAUUUCUUCUAUUCCUGUAACUGUAAUGACUUUAGUGGCCUUUAAAUUUUAGAUAUAUGUAAUUUCAGCCAGUUAAUUAAUUUUGUGUUGAAACUAGCAACCUUAUUUUAUCCCUCUACUUUAUACUGUGGCAAGAAAUGUCAACGACCAACCUGUUGUCGCUCCCUUCCUCGAGUAUCACUAAACUUCAGCUCUCCACAUUGGCUAUUUAUCACUAGUGACAACUGGAAAGUGUAAAAAUGAAGGGAAAAAAAAAUUAUUUUAAACAAUUUAAACAAUAUUUCUGGUUACAAUGGCAUGGUUUUGUCGGAAAGGUGGAAACAGGUAAUGUUGAUCGUAUAGCUCAUGACUCAUGCACAUCGACAGAAUAACAUAUUGUUUGAGCCAUGGGAAGCAGCAAUUAAUUAUUCAAAGCUUUCAACUCCCCCCACCCAGUCACUUUUAUAAACUAAUUUGAUGGAAAAAAAAAUUUAAAUGGGUAUUAAAAAAUAACUAUAACUGAAGACUGAGGAAAUUGUGUACAUGACUGAACUAAGCUCUAACCUUAAACUAAUUAAAAAAUAUUGAUCACUCAUAGGCCUGAAUAUUACAAUAUAUAUCCCAGUAGGUGACCUACAAAAAUUGGAUAUAUAUUAUGUAUGUAUCGGGUUAUCUGAAUUAAUAAUUACAACCUAUUGUAGGCCUAUUCUGUAUGUAUUCUGGCCCUAAUCCAGCAACUUUUAAUUCUUUUAUUAAUUAGGAGUCAACUUUAAUGCAUAUCACUAUCCCAAUAUCAGCAGUUCAGGGCUAGGGCCUAUCUAAAAUGGAUUUAAUAAUUUAAUUAUUCAGAUUAUUGGUAUGAUAAUGAACUCAGGGACAAAGGGACAAUGUCUUUUAUUUAGGCCUAAAGACUUUUAUAAUGCUAAUUAAGGGUUAAUUAUUUUACAUUAAAUUAUGACAUUGUAGACAUAGACUUAGAGUGAUUCACUAUUCAUAAUAUUAGUAUGAUGCCAUCCAUAAAUAACUUCACACAUGGGGAGGGUGGGUGGUGGGGGGUUAAUCAUAAUUCUGUGAUGAGGGUAUCUUAAUGUUGAAAAAAUAAAUUCUGAUAAUUGGAGAGUAAGAAUACAAAAUCUGCCAUGGUAUUACAUCAUUUUAUGGUUGGCCCCUAUUUGUAAUUACGCCUAGACCUAGGUCCUCCCAUAUCUCAAUGCUCCACACAUGCAUUUUGUUGACCCAUUUACAUUGAUAAGCCAUCAUUACUAACCUUGCACCAUAAUUUGUUAGGUUGUUGAUGUCCCUCUGGAGGGAGAAAUUGAAGUUCCAGGAGCAGCUAGGUCAGAUGAUGAGUUGUCCACAUUGGAUGAACCUGUGAAGGAGACCAUAGUAAGCAUAGUAGUUAUUUAUAUAGAUAUUUAAUAUUUUUAAUGCCACAUGCAAAACUUGCGUAUUUGAAUUAUUUAUUGCAAAUUGGUAUUUUUGCUAUUUUUUUUUUUUUAACUAACUAGUUGGAAAUGAUUAUAAUUAUAUGUUUCAAUUUUACUUUGUUUUAAAUAGUUGAGGGAUCUCAAAGCUGUUGGAAAUAAAUUUGUUCAUGUUUUGGUACCUAAAAAGAGUAGAGUCCUUUUAAAGGAAUGUAAGUUCUUUCUGUGUCUCUGUCAUUAAACUACUUGGUACCUGUUAGUAGUUUAUUAACAACUCUUCACACUUUAAUAACUUGUCUGUAUGUUAAACAGUGUGCAUGAAACAGCUAUGUCUUUUGCUUAUUAUGGUAUGGUUCAUUUUUAGAAUGGUUCGAUCUUAAAACCAUGGUUCCUGAAAUGGCUAACUGGACAAACAAAUGAAAAAUAAGUUCUUAUAAUUAUCAUUGUUUUAGUGAUUAAUUGUAGUAUUUAUGUAAUCAUUUAUAAAUUACAGGGGACCUAUGGGGACCUCUUGUUUUGUGUACUUUCCUAGCAAUGUAAGUAAAAUUUACUAUAAAAAAGAAGGUUACAUUUUCCUUUCAAAUAGUAUUAGUGUUCAAACGUUUUUUUAUGAAAUAUCUUCAUAAUUUCCUCUUAUAACUCGAUAAUGAUUUUUAUUCCAGAAACAGUAAUAUCUAUUAAUCAUGUGACACUAUUAAGGUCAUCUCCCUAUUCUCAGUUGCUUUGUAUGAUUCUGUUCUACUUCAUUCCAGUAUGUUGCAAGGCUCAACAGAUGACCUAAAUAUGAUGGGACACAAUGAUGGGGGUCCUCAGUUUGCUGAAGUUUUUGUUAUUUAUUGGCUGGGGGCCAGUGUGGUGACACUGAACAUCAAGUUGUUAGGGGGCAACAUGUGAGUGGCUUCCUAUGUGGCAGUAAACUCUAGAGCUGACAACAUUGCUAGAAAUUAUUAUUUUCAUUACAGCUGUUCAAAUUUAAUUUAAUUACAUAUUUAUUAUUAUUAUUUUUUUUUUUUUUUAAAUUAAAUGUUAAUUUUAUUUUUCACAGAUCAUUUUUUCAAAGCAUCUGCGUUCUUGGAUACUGUGUCUGUCCGCUAGCUAUUUCCUUAAUUGUGUGUCGCAUUCUCUUGAGCAUCAGCACAGAAUCUAUAGCUUGGUUUGUUGUGAGAUUUCUGUCUGUAGUUCUUGGCUUUGGCUGGUCCACAUUUGGUGAGUACAUCAAGAAGUUAUUGGGGAAUAGAUUUUAGAAGUGGUGUUAAUUCCUUUUAAGGAUAAUGAAUUCGAUAUCCUUUUCAAAUGUUAACUUCAAAUAACUCAACUUAAAAGGGGUACACAAAUUUGAACAUUAACAUCACAUUUUUAAAAUAAAUUAGUGUGUUGGUUUUUUCAUUAAAAUUAUUAUUUGAAUGUUAAUUUUUUUCAUUAAAAUUAUUAAUGUUUGAAUGUUAGUGUUUUCUUUAAAAUUAUUAAUGCUUGAUACGGGUGGAUGCAUCAUCUGAUAUAGUUCAUCGUCAUCAUCAUCAUGUCCCUUAGUCCUUGGACCGUUGGGGCGCUACAGAUGACAUGUGAACUAUCCUCCUCCAUUCCUAAAUUAUAUGAAAGCAUGAAAUUUACUUUGUUUCAUAUGUUGUUAAUGACAGAAGUCUAAAUGGCUUCUCAAUAGAUGCUGUCAAAGCUGGUAGCUGCUGCAGUUUGCAAAUUUACUUUUUUUUUAAAUGUGUCUGUUGCAUACAAUUAACAGUGGCUAAAUGAUUUUUUUUAAUGAUCUUUGGAUGUUUAUAAACAAGAAGGUUAGGAAAUUUCUUAACUGUAAAUGAAAAACUCGUAAACGGUAAUAAAAAGAAAAAUUUAUGAUAAAAAUCAAGACUAGAUUUCACUUACUCAAUCAUUGGUUUACCUUUGAAUACACAUCUUUAACGCUAAAUAUGUUUAAUGUUCUAAUUUCAGCUUCCACUGCAUUCCUUGCCGAAAGUCAACCUGUGGGAAGAAAAGUUCUUGCCAUGUACCCUUUGUUCUUAUUUUACUUCGUCAUAAGCUGGCUCAUCAUUUCACACACUCAUUCUUGAUUUUCUUGACACAGGAAGGUUUAUUAAUAUUUCCAAAUUUUUUUUAUUAAUAACAGGGGGUAAUUAUGUUCUUUUAUGAGCCGGUGGCAAAAAAAAGACUAUUCUCUUGUUUUGGAGAAAGCUGGAUGGAUGAGUCGUUUUAAGAUGAGUGUGUUCUUCAUUCAGUCCAUUGUAAUAUAUUGUUUGAACUGAAAUCCAAGCUCAAAUAUGUAAAUAGAGACUUUAAAUUUAUCCUGGUGCAAGCUGCCAUUUCUAACUGAAGGCAGGCACAGCAUAAAUGGGGGGAAAGUUCCAUGGUACGGUCUGAUGAGCUUGAAUGGAAACAUGGUCGCUGUGAUAACCAUUGCAGUUUACAAAUUCUUAGUGUGAUUGAACAUAAUCUUUUUUUGUUUUUAAAAAAUAAAUUGAGAAAUAGUAAAUAUUUGUAAAUUUUGAAACAUGUUCAAGGAAGGAAAAGGGGAGAUAAGUUUUGUCAUGCGGACCAGAUGGGACUGAUGAAAUGUUGGCAAGUAUUUACUUCUUAGAAUAAAUAAAAUGACACCCGAGCUUAAGUAUCUGAUUGGCAUGCAUAUGUACACUGCCCUAAGCACUCUAAGAAUCAGUUGUUAUUUUUUUAAAUGCCUGAAAUGCAAUACAUUUUUUUUUUAAAUAUAAAAACAGCAAUAAAACAAGUUAAUCUUUUUGCCUCUAUCAAUGUCAUAUGCUUAAAAUAAAAUAUUUAUAGUAUUUCAUUAUUUAAAAAAUUCAACCAUACACUUUUUUUUUAGCAAUGCUACACUAUUAAUCAUGUUUUUUGCUAAUCCAAAGUCAUAAUUUUCUGCAUUGUGUUGAAAUUCUUUCCUCCGCCCACCAGUAGAGUCUUUGCAACAAAAAUUACAAACAGAUGACUAGUUUAAUGGGUGGGUUCAUUAUUAUUUACGUCCUGUGUCAUCAAUAAUUUUAGGCACUGCUUACACACAGACAAGAUACAUUUUUAUGCAGUUCAGCUUUCAUAAUCUGAUAUUUUUCUUGGUUGAUAAAAAAAUUAUCAUGCAUAGAAAAUAUUGUACAAAAAAAAAGAAAAUCAUCAAAUUUGUACGUGUAUCUCCACAACCAAACGGUGAGCUCAUUAUGUAGAUUAUCUUUCAUAUAAACAUACGCUUAGUCCCCUACAUUGGUUUAUCAUUUAAUUGCAUGUUUUCGCUACAUAAUAGUACUUUUGUGUGUCUUUUAAAAAAAUUUUUUUUUUAGGCAUUAUUGAUGCAUGAUGUUAAAAUGGGAAUGUGGUGGUUGACUUGGGUAGCUGCAAAAUGUAUCACAAAAGGUAUGAAUGAUCAUUUAUACAAACUCUGUGAGUGUCCAUAUGUCAAAGGUCAAACUGUGAUUGUCAGGGAAGUCCAUGUGUCAAAGGUCAACUUCAAAGUGAUUUGGACAUCCUGAGGAAAUGACUGUGCAGCGUGAAAGAAAGCGUUGAAUUUUUUUAUUCAUUGAAACAUCGCAAGGGAUCAGAUAUUAAAGAAACAAUGUUGUAUAUUGCGUAAUAAUUCUUUCUCAUCAUUUUGAUGUUUUAUUGACCUAUGUCCAAGUCAGGUCAUGCUGACUCAUUCCAGAUGUGUACAUUGACCUGAUGAGUCAUUGACUGUAACUCUACUGUUAUUGUGUGGUGAAAUAUUUCUAAACUGCUCCCUUGGUUUCUCUUUGUUUAUAAUGUUUGAGGUCCUUUUAAAAAAAAAGCUGUGUAUAAACAACCACAGAGCAUAGAUGUGGAACCCUCCAAAAACCAACACCUUUAAACACUCGUUGGGUUAAGACAAAAAAUAUUGAACCAUGCUGCUUAAAAUAAUCUUUUUUGUAAAAAAUUAAGUAAUCAUUGGCAUAUUUUAUAUAAAUUCACCGUGUGUGACAGUAACAUUUGGUGAGGUUGUGGUGCAAGCUCAUAUGUGUGGUUUUAAUAAUUAUUGAAAAAAUGUGUGCUUGUUGCUAGGGUUUCGGUAACCCAUGUCACAAUGACAGGAUCGUCCUGUAUUAAUAUGUUUCUCAUGCUCUGUUGUAUACUUAUGUUUAUAUUUAUACUGAUAUUGUUAUUUCUUUUUUAGCAUCAUCAA